UCCGCCAUGGUGACCGCCGCGAUCCACCUGCUGCGCACAGCCGGCCAUGCUUUAGAACGAGUGGCCAGAGACGCCGCGACACCCUCACUGCCGCCGACGCUGCCGACGCCGACGCCGACGCCGCCUCCGACGCCGCCCCCGCACUACUCCUGCCCAGACGGCUUUUCUGAGUGCAGUCUCGGCGGUUGCUGCUCCUCCGAGUUUGGGGCGUGGGCGAGCAUGGCCAUGUCAUUCCUGGGCAUCAUGCUGGUGCUCCUGUGCUGUUCUUGCUGGAAAUACGCCAUGCACGCCCGAAGGAUCAGGUCGGCUGCCCUGCUUUCCUCGCGUCCACGUACGCAGCGGCUCUCGGAGGCCAGCACCAUCUGCCCGUCUCCAGCGCAGACACCGGCGCUCCGAGCCAGCUGGCAGGGGGAGCCGCCGCCGGUGCUGCCGGACGAACCGCCCCCUCUGUACGAGACCUGCGUGUCGGUGAUCCCCCUGCCAGCAACAGGCGAGGCUACAACAGCGGCGACCCUGCCCAUACCGCCGUCAGCUGCUACACUCCCGACGCCCUUGGGUCGCCGCUCUUCUGGCCAAUAGCGGCGCCCUCCUUUCUACGCUUCGUCUGCAACUGUCCAAGCUUCGCACCGCACGCAGACACGGGCGAGGUUAUCGACCUGUGGUUACUAAAGACUGAAAUGGCGGAGGAACGCAGAACGUCUGGUGCAGAGUGUUCUUCGCAGGAAUCUCGUUCUCACGAUUCACGCUGCUCGUGCAUCUGAUCAGCUAUUUUUGUAGCGGUGUACGUUAACGAGGCUCUUGGUGGAGUGGAGAGGGCCAGAGGCGAGGGAUGUGCUGUAAGAAGUGGGCAGCCUAUCAAGUGACGUACCAGCCAAUAGCGCAGCUCUGCCGAGUAUCGCUCUUGGGACCUCAGCGAGCAUUUACUGUUGACUUCUGAGUUGUUACAAGAGUGUUGACUAUUGUUUUCUGUUUUCAAUGCUUGUUACUAAAGAUGUGUAGGAAUACCUUAUGUACUGCACAGGUAAUUCAAAGCAAUAAUAUUCUUUCAAAUUACAACAUCACAAGCAAAUAGCGGACACCACUACCAUGGAUAGAGCUUGUCGCAACACUAUCAUUUGCUAAGAGAGAGAAAAUUCGAGUAGUGAGGUGUGAGAGAGAAGGAAGACUAGAAUAUUCUGCAAAUUAUUCCUUUUUUAUGUUUUUGAGCUGCGGAAAUCAUUUGUAUAAUAUUCGCCAUCUGUCUCUGUAAAGAAUGCAUCACAUUUUGUUAUGUACACAUCUUUCUGACAGAUCUUCCGAUUUUUUUAUCCGCUGUGUCUUCAGCGAACAAACUGUGUCGCUGUUCACUUUUGGAAACGUUCUUGACUACUACACAAGUUGCCGUUUGUUAAUCACUUGAAUUCCUUACGUAUCGUGUCAAUUUCGUGUUUUAACCUCUCAAUUUCAUUAAUAAAACUACUCUAUAAUUCCAGAAUUUUUUUCCCCCUCUACUGUGUAACGUAAGCUGUCUCGAGUUUUUCUCGUAGAAUAAACUACUUAACGGAGCAAAAGUGAAAUCUGGGCUCCCAUGGGCUGCUCUCUUAUCAACUGAACCAUCUGAGCACACCUUACAGCCCAGAUAUGUGCUAGUAUUUCUGAGGGACCUUCAAUUUUAAAUUGUUUUUACUAGUCUGUUAUUAGACACACUAAGUAAUUACGUUUUUAUAAGUGUCAUAUGCCGCACAUUAAGAUGCAGCUUGACAUGCAAAACAUUUUAUUUCAGUUUGUACUAAAAGCUGUAUCCUUUAUAAUGCAUUGUUUAUAGCGUGUCAUAAUUAAAGACGAUUUCCCUUAGACAUUUGAAAUAUAAUUUUCGCGUUUUUAAAAUAAUUUAAAUAUAUACACA